AUGCUUUGUAUUUGGUGGAACAGUAAAGGUCUCGUGUAUUUUGAGGUGCAGGAUUCGGGCCAAAGAGUCACGGCGGAUCUUUACAAAGCCCAAUUGAGCCGCGUGAACCAGGCGUUGAGUCGUCAAGGCAAUAACACGGCGACUACAAGAUUCCUCCACGAUAACGCUCGACCCCACGCCGCGAAGAUCACUCAGCAGAAAAUCAAGGAAUUGGGCUGGGAAGUUCUGUUUCAUCCGCCAUAUAGCCCGGACUUGGCCCCAUCCGACUACCACUUGUUUCGGUCGAUGCAGCACUCUUUAGCAGAAAAAAAAUUCAAAAACCGCGAAGAAGUUGAAAUCUGGGUGUCCAACUUCUUCGAGUCGCAGUUGCCCGAGUUCUUCGAAAAGGGCAUCCAUUCUCUGCGUGGAAGAUGGCCAAGAGUCAUUGAUAAUGAUGGCGAAUAUCUUUUGGAU